AUGGAACAGCUGACAGCAGAGGAAACAAGCAAUGGGACAGCCAUCCAGGAGUUUAUCCUUGAGGGGUUCCCUGUGGCCAAGCACCUGAGGAUCCUCUUCUUCCUAGUGCACUUGCUGGCCUACUUGGCUUCCCUCAUGGGCAACAUGCUCAUAAUUACCAUCACCUGCAAGGACCACCGGUUACAGACACCCAUGUACUUCUUCCUCAGCUCGUUCUCCUUUGUGGAGUGUGGUUUUAUCACUACAGUUAUCCCCCAACUGCUCACCAUCUUUCUGUCAGGGAAGCAAAGGAUUUCCUUUGUGGCCUGCUUCACACAGGCCUUUGUCUUUCUUUUUCUCGGGGCAACUGUGUUUUUCCUUAUGGCUCUUCUGUCUCUGGACCGGUAUCUGGCCAUCUGCAAACCUUUACAUUAUCCAACCAUCAUGAGCCCAAGGAGGUGCUUCUUUCUCGUUACUGUCUGUUUAGUGUUGGGUUUCCUCUUCAUGGCUGGUCCAGUUGUGAUGCUUUCCCAGUCAUUUUACUGUGGCCCCAAUGUCAUUCCUCAUUUUUUCUGUGAUUUUGGACCCCUGGCAAGUCUCUCCUGUUCAGAAACCAGGUCUAUUGAGAUGCUGUUUUUUAACCUUGCUUUAAUUGUGCUUUUUACUUCCCUUGUGAUAGCCAUCUUUGCAUACAGCAAUAUAGUGGUCACAAUAGUGCACCUCCCUUCAGCCAGGGAGAGACAGAGAGCUUUUUCCACCUGUUCCUCUCAUCUCAUCGUCCUCUCUCUAAUGUAUGGCAGCUGUGUGUUUAUAUACAUGAAGCCAAAGCAGACAAGCAGGCUGGACACCAACAGAGAGGCUGCUCUUGUGAACACAGUAGUGACACCCCUUCUGAACCCCGUCAUCUACACCCUGCGCAACAAGCAGGUCCACCAGGCUCUGAGGGAUGCACUGUCCAGGGUUCGACUACACGGAAAUCAGAGGAGGAAAGCACCUUCCCUUUGA